AUGUCUACAACAGCUGCACUUCAAGCGCGCUUGAAGACGCUUUCAGCUACCAUAGGCCAAAUACAGCCUUUGGUUGAACAGCUCCGAAGUUUUACACCCACAGAGAAGAGCGAUGAAGCUCGGCUGGAGCUUGGAGCGGAGAUCCACGCGAGUCUUAAAGAUGCCGAAAGCGGGCUUGAGCUGCUACGGAUUGAGGUAGAAGCUCUGGAUUCAGGUUCAGAUAGCAGAAGAAGACAAUCGGGGGCGACUGGAGAGAAAGAGGCGGAGAAAGAGCGUGUUGUAAUCAUGGCGGGGCGGCUUGCAGACGACCUCAAGAAGACCCGGAGCGAAUUUCGAAAUGCCCAGUUACAGUCUAAGCGCCAAAAUGAGCUUGCUAAGCGGAAGGAGCGCGAGCUGCUGUUGUCCCGAUCUGACCCGUCUUCAGAGCGACAGAACAAACAUGCGGAGCAUUUGACGCAGGAUGAUCUGGCAUUGAAUGCUUCAAAUGAUGUUACCGCUGCCCUGCGCAGGACUCAUCAGUUGAUGCAAACUGAGCUUUCCCGAAGCCAGUUCGCUCAAGAGACUCUCGAGCAAUCAACUGCCGCUAUUUCAUCUCUUUCUGAAUCUUAUACUAGUCUCGACACCCUCCUUGCUUCGUCUCGAAGCCUCGCGAACUCCCUUCUCCGCUCUCAGAAAUCCGAUACAUGGUACCUUGAAACGGCGUUCUGGAUCCUCAUUGCGACAAUCUCCUGGCUGGUCUUCCGACGUAUCUUCUAUGGACCUCUCUGGUGGCUGGUAUGGCUGCCAUUCCAAUUCCUUUUACGCUUUGUCUUCGCAGUGUUUGGUGUAGUUGGUCUUACAGGAAAAAGCUCUGUGGAACUCUCAUCCGGCUCAAUUGCAGCUAGUAUAUCUGCUACUAUUCAAGAGGCUGCUGCGACAGCUACAGACGGAGCUGUGUUUGAAAAUAAUAACGAUCAGGCUUCCCAAGAAGAGGAGGACUGGCUCAUCGACGAGAUUGGGAAAAUGGUUGAGGAUGGCAAAGAGCAGCGAGACAUCAGCCUCGAGGAAAUCUUGGCGGAAGAAAGACAGCACCACGAUGAUACUCCCCGGAAUCCUAAAAAGAGGAUGAUGGAGGGAGAGCGAGAUGUGCUACGAGAUGAAUUAUAG